AACUAAGACCCCAUUCGAUUUAAAGAGAGACUGCAUUCAGAGGCUGACAUUCAUUCAAUAGAUAGAGCGAUCAUAAGCAGGCUGUGUGACGGGCGUGCUCGCUCUUUCUUCCCCCGGUCUGACUACUGCCACUCGGGUGGCGUUCGUCUCUUUCGCUGGAGGGAAAUAACUUAAGGAUGUUAAAUCAGAGAAUCUUUCCGGGCAUGGUUUUAUUCCUGAUGUUUUUCUGCCACUUCAUAGAAGAUCAAACAGCGCAGGCUGGGAAUUGCUGGCUCCGGCAAGCCAGGAACGGUCGCUGCCAGGUCCUCUACAAAAACGGUCUCAGCAAGGAAGAGUGCUGCAAAACAGGGAGGCUCACCACUUCCUGGACGGAGGAGGAUGUCAGCGACCACGUGCUUUUCAAAUGGAUGAUUUUUAGCGGAGGGGCCCCCAACUGCAUCCCCUGCAAAGAAACCUGUGAGAAUGUGGACUGUGGACCUGGGAAGAAAUGUAAAAUGAACAAGAAGAACAAACCUCGGUGUGUCUGUGCUCCAGAUUGCUCAAAUAUCACAUGGAAGGGACCGGUGUGUGGCUUGGAUGGGAAAACCUACAAGAAUGAGUGUGCCCUUCUGAAAGCCAGAUGUAAAGAACAACCAGAACUUGAAAUCCAGUAUCAGGGCAAAUGCAAAAAGACAUGUAGGGAUGUUUUAUGCCCAGGCAGUUCCACAUGUGUGGUUGAUCAAAAUAAUAAUGCCAACUGUGUGACAUGUAAUCGGAUUUGCCCCGAGCCAACUUCACCUGAACAGUAUCUCUGCGGGAAUGAUGGAAUAACAUAUGCAAGUGCCUGUCAUCUAAGGAAAGCUACUUGCCUGCUUGGAAGAUCCAUUGGCCUAGCCUAUGAAGGAAAGUGUAUCAAGGCCAAAUCUUGUGAAGACAUCCAAUGCAGCCCUGGCAAGAAAUGCUUGUGGGAUUUCAAAGUGGGCAGAGGACGGUGCGCCCUUUGUGAUGAGCUAUGUCCAGAAAGCAAAUCAGACGAAGCUGUCUGUGCCAGUGAUAACACCACUUAUCCAAGUGAGUGUGCCAUGAAGGAAGCAGCCUGUUCCCUGGGUGUGCUAUUGGAAGUAAAACACCCAGGAUCUUGCAACUCCAUCAAUGAAGAUCCUGAGGAAGAGGAUGAAGAUGAUGACCAGGACUACAGCUUUCCUAUAUCUUCCAUUCUAGAGUGGUAAAAUGUCCAUCACUUUUGGAACAGCCAUUGGGCAAGAAUUACAAUGUCCAUACUGUACAUAAGUGUAUGCUUAUUUAUUUGGGGAAGAAAGAAGUAUACAUAUAGUUGAAUCUUGUAGACAUUUAUUUAUACUGUGUCAUGUUUUAUAAUUUAUACAUUAAAGAAGUCUGAUUGACUGUACACCUUUUUUUUUCAAAGAAAUGUAAUCGUUAUGGGAUGAGCUGUGUUAUUUAUUGUGAGGUCUCUUGCUUGUAAAGUAAAGCUUUUUUUUUUCUUGUAAACUAUAAAUCCAUUCCUUAGAGCUUAACCCCUGUCCCCAAUUACAAUUUUCAGCUCCUUAUUUCUGCCAAUGUUAACUCUUUUCCAUUUUAACAAAACUAUGCAUGUCAGUUUCGGUUACAUUUUUAUUUAUUGUGUUUCCUUCUUGCCAAUUCUGUACAUAAAUCCAUGUUCCCUUGGAUAUUUGUUUACAAGGAAUCUUGACUGACCAAAAGGCGCUGUAAACUGACUUAAGUAUAUAUUUGGUGUGGAAUGAGGGAAAUCUUUAACAAACCCUCUUUCCCUGGUUAUGUUCUCUGAUUGUAUCAUGUACUAAUGGGAUUUCAAAGUCCUGAACAUUUAUAUUGUAGUAUGAGAAUCCAAACCCAAAGAUCGGAUUAUGAAGGUUUUUUUUUUAGUUGCUAUGUGGCUAAAUGUAAAGAAAGCAUUAUUUUUUUUUUAAGAAAAAGAAGAAAAAUGAAAAUACAUUGUCAUGAGCGUCAAUGUUUUAUUAGGUCUGUCCUCGCAGAUGGUCCUGCGGUUCCAUUUUUUAAACAUUCUUUCUGUUUCACAUUCAAAAUGUUAACAGAAUAUUAUAUCAAAGCUUUAUCAGUUCAAGUUUCUUGCUUUUCAUAAUACUUUCUUUUUCUGAGGCAAUUUUAUAUUUUCAAACAUGACGAGUUAAAUAUAAAUUCAUUUAAAUAUAUAGUUUUGUACUUUUCUACCAUGUAAAUGUGCAAUGUAUAUAAAAGUUAUAAUGUGUAUUUGUAAAUAAAUUAUGAGUGAAAAAAAUAAAAAAUGGAUAUCCUUUCCCCCAAACCUGUAUACAUUGAUUUCAAUUAUUGGUUGUUUAAGAUGAUUGCCAAGAAUUGGUUUUUA